UGCAUGCCUGUUUGUUCAUGGGAGAGAGGAAGGAAGGGUCAUCUAUGGUUGAACAGGUGUACAACUCCCUUCUACAAUGCAAAGAUGUAGGAGAUCAAGGUGAGAACCUGUUUCUGUGGACAGCUGGAUGCUCCCCUUGCUGUCCCCUCCAGAGAUCAGGGCUGAAAGGAGAUGUUCAUCCAGGAGGCAAACAACUGUCAUCCUUCUCACUAGGGCUGAAAGGAGAUGUUCACCCAGGAGGCAAACAACUGUCAUCCUUCUCACAAGGGCUGAAAGGAAAUGUUCACCCAGGAGGCAAACAACUGUCAUCCUUCUCACAAGGGCUGAAAGGAAAUGUUCACCCAGGAGGCAAACAACUGUCAUCCUUCUCACAAGGGCUGAAAGGAAAUGUUCACCCAGGAGGCAAACAACUGUCAUCCUUCUCACUAGGGCUGAAAGGAAAUGUUCACCCAGGAGGCAAACAACUGUCAUCCUUCUCACAAGGGCUGAAAGGAGAUGUUCAUCCAGGAGGCAAACAACUGUCAUCCUUCUCACUAGGGCUAAAAGGAAAUGUUCACCCAGGAGGCAAACAACUGUCAUCCUUCUCACUAGGGCUAAAAGGAAAUGUUCACCCAGGAGGCAAACAACUGUCUGGUCUUUCACACACGCACACACACUCACACAGAUCCUUCUUUAACAUCAGGAUGCUCCCCUAUCACUCGGCACUCUUGGCAGUGCUGUCACUCACAGUGACCAGUGUAUCAACGAAGACCACUCAGCGGCCAAAGUACCAAUACACCAAGAAGCCCAUGCCUUACCGCGAGCAGCCCCAGAUUACCAUGCAGCCUCUAACCCCCAUCGUCCCUAAGACACUGAAAUCAGUGGAGAAAUCAGAUCCCAUGGACCCCUACCCUCUGGCUACCACAGAGACCACAACCUACCCCAGCGAUGCCUACCAGGAUUACUAUACUGAAACCACAGGGCCCCCUGGUGUUGGGCAUGAUAAUUACACCAUGGAUUAUAACGAGUGCUACUUCAAUUUUUGUGAGUGCUGUCCACCAGAGAGGGGCCCUCGAGGGCCAAAAGGGGACAGAGGACUACCAGGUUCACCUGGAGAAGAGGGGGAGCGAGGACCCAGAGGCUUUUCUGGACUGGCUGGUUCAAAUGGAACUAUGGGGCCAAAAGGAGACAGAGGAGUUAAAGGUGACCUAGGAUACCGUGGAAUGGCAGGAACUCCAGGUAACCCAGGGAAACCAGGAGAGAGAGGUGGAUUUGGCUUCAAAGGUGAAAAAGGUGACAGCGGGCCCCCUGGUGUCAAAGGUAACCAGGGGGAGAAGGGUGAAAGCCAAAAUGGGACUAAGGGUGAGAGAGGGGAACCUGGAAUGGAAGGCCCAACAGGACCCCCAGGGCUGGCUGGAGUGCAAGACCAGAAGGGGGACAAGGGGGACAAAGGAGAGUGUGGGACAUUUGGAGAGAGAGGACUGAAGGGCGAUAGAGGGGACCCUGGGCCUCCAGGUAUUCAGGGACAGGUGGGUCUUCCUGGGGUGGAUGGCAUGCAGGGCUCCCCUGGUGUGGCGGGCAACCAGGGGGAUCUAGGACCCUCAGGGGCUCAAGGUGAGCCAGGGGUGCGAGGGCUGCCUGGACCCCAGGGAGGGAGGGGGAUGUUUGGGCCAAAGGGUGACAGAGGCCCCCCCGGGAUGAGAGGGGACAGGGGCCCUCGGGGGAUCAGAGGGGCGAAGGGUAACGGGGUGAUUCAGAAACGCUCAGCUUUCAGUGUGGGCCUCUCUCCCAGCAAGUCCUUCCCUCCAUCAGGCUUCCCCGUCCGCUUCGACAAGGUCUUCUAUAACGGAGAGAACCACUAUAACUCCUCCUCCAACAGCUUCACCUGUGCCCACGGGGGGGUCUACGUGUUCUCCUACCACAUAACUGUGCGGAACAAGCCCCUGCGCGCAGCCCUGGUAGUCAAUGGGGUGAGGAAGGUGCGGACGCGGGACUCUCUCUAUGGCCAGGACAUCGACCAAGCGUCCAGCCUGGUGCUGUUGCAGCUGGCGGUGGGGGACCAGGUAUGGCUGGAGACACUGAGGGACUGGAACGGUGUCUAUGCCAGUAGUGAGGACGACAGCACCUUCUCUGGCUUUCUGCUCUACGCUGACAAGCCCUGACAAAUGAUCUGAUAUCUAAUACAAUCUACACUGUAACUCUACUGUACCUCCACAGUACCUAAACAAUCUCUACUGGCAGUCCUCCAUACCACCCAUACAGUACCCCACAGACCAGCCCCUCUGUACUCCUGCUCUACACAGACAAGUUAUGACAAUGGAGCCCACUAUACCACCACAGUACCAGGGACUGUAAAACACCUCUAUAUGAGUUGGCAGCACUCACCCCAUCUCUCUUCAUACUCCCUCUAUAGACCCAUCAACAUACAGGCAUCUUUACAAGACUGUCAAUCUGGUAGAAUGAAAAAUAAUGCAAGUAAGACUGAUAGCACUGGAAUAGUUCAUGUUUAUUACUUGAGGAAUACUAAUCACACAAUGUUUCCCAGGUUAGGUUAAGGAAUCAGUACAUCGUAUCGCUGUAUUAUGAGCUUUUGUACACUUUUGAAAUAAAAUCAAUA